AUGGCUCUCCGCGGAAUCUCGCAGACAUUUUGUGCACGUGCUCUGAAGUCAACCACUUCCACAGCUUGGAAAGCAAGAGCACAACGUUCUGUGGGUUAUGCCUUCUUUUCGACCAAGUACACGCCUCAGCAUGAGUACGUAACUCUUAACGGAAAGGAAGGCACUAUCGGAAUCACCGAUUUUGCCCAGAACUCGCUCGGUGAUGUUGUUUAUGUGGAUUUACCGGCUGUUGGAGACAAGCUUGCUAAGGGCGAUGCAUUUGGUGCUGUGGAGUCCGUAAAGGCUGCUAGCGAUGUCUACGCACCUGCUUCGGGCACCGUUACGGCUGUAAAUGAGGAUCUGGCUGAGAGCCCAAAUCUUGUAAAUGACGAAGCUAUGACGGGCGGCUGGUUCAUCAAGCUCGAGCUCGAUGACGUGAAGGACCUGGACGAUCUCUUGGACGAGGCUGCGUACAAAGAACUUUCGGAGCAGGCACGUCGUGAUUCUAUCAAAAAGCGCAACCGACGAGCCGUCAUAUACCUGGCUGGCACAGCCAUUGCCUGGGUUGGCAUCUCGUACGCUGCCGUUCCAUUGUACAAAAUAUUCUGUCAAAUGACAGGAUUUGGUGGUACUACGCAACGUGCCGAGGAUUUUACGGCUAGCAAGUUAACACCUCGAGAAGACGCCAAACCCAUUCGUGUAACCUUUGAUGGUGGUGUAAGUGCCAAUAUGCCGUGGGUAUUUCGGCCACAACAACGUGAUAUUCUGCUAGUGCCAGGUGAGACGGCACUUGCUUUUUAUACGGCCAAGAACAAGUCAGAUAAGGCAAUUACUGGCGUUGCCACAUACAACGUAUAUCCACCAUCGUCUGGUGUGUACUUCAAUAAGAUUCAAUGCUUUUGUUUUGAGGAACAGCGACUGAAGCCAAACGAAGAAAUUGAUAUGCCCGUGUUUUUCUUUAUUGACCCUGAAAUAUGUGACGAUCCGUUUAUGAAUGGCGUGCAUAAUAUCACACUGUCUUAUACGUUUUUUAAGACCGACGACAUUAAUGAAGAAGACGUGGACGACGAGGUUUAG